GAAACAGCAUCAGGAGGUAAGAUGCACCCCAAAAAGAGAGAGAUGGGUGUGGCCUGUGGGGGGUGAAACUGAAAGCUAUGGCAUGGUAGUAGCCAUUGGUCCAACCAAAACAAUAACAACAAAAUCUAACGCCCGCCACCAGCGCCACCAUUCCAAUGGGUGCCACAGAACCCGUGGUGUUGAACAGAGAAAAUGAAGGAGGAGUGGAGGAGGAGAAGGAGAGAAGAAACGGGAAGACAUCAGAUGAAGAAGAAUUGAAGGAUUUGGAGAAGGGAGAGAUGAAUAUGGGCCAAGAAUCAGUUCAAAUCCAUCCUCCAACUGAAUUUCACAUGUCAAGAAUGCAAAGAUUGAGCACCACAAACCCUUUAAGACUCGUCAUGAAUAAUGCCACAAGAGUUGCUUCUCCUUCGCCUGCUCACCAGCCUCCUCUCCGUUCUUCUUCUCCUUUGCAGCAGCAGCCGCCGCCGCCGCAGCCAUCAGUGGCCUCACUGAAUUCAAGAGCAUACACAAACAAGAUUUCUCUGUUUUUGUUCAUUGUGCAUAUGGUUCUGGCUGUUGGGCUGGUGGGGUUUCUGAUAUUUAAGGGUGUCCAAGGCCUGAUUGAAGAAGGGCGAGCUCAAAGGAGAGAAAAGAGAGUGUUAAAGUAUUUUCUACCUCAGGUUGAGGCUGCUUCUCUGCUUAGCAUAACACUGGCAUUUAUGUGGCAGAAGGCAGUGAGAGUGUGGCCUAAAUUUAUGGUUCAUUUCAUAAUUUGGAGCACUUUUGCACUGACUUUGGCUGCCGGAAUUCUUUUGAUUUGCUACCAAAGGCCAGCCACCGACGGCAUUGGCGUCCUGUUUAUUGCCUUUGCUAUUGGGAAUGGAUUGUACGCUUGUUGGGUUACACAGAGAACUAGUUUUUGCUCCAAGAUUUUCAUCAAAGCGCUUGAACCGGUGUCAAAAUUUCCCGACAUAAAUCACCCCACUUAUUGGAUGCUCGGUGCUGGAUUCUUGUGGAUGUCGUUCUGGAUUUUAGGGGUGAUCGGGGCGUUGAAUUUCUAUGUCCCGCCACUGAUUAUAAUCGCGUUGGUUUUGAGCCUGGCUUGGACGGCUGAGGUGAUGAGGAAUGUAGCUAAUGUAACAGUUUGUAGAGUGAUUGCUCUUUACUAUCUCAGAGGAAUGCAAUCCAGCACUGAGUUCUGCUUCCAACGAGCUUUGUCCAAGAACCUGGGGAGUGCUUGCCUUGGAUCCCUUUUUGUCCCUACAAUUGAAGCUCUGAGGAUCAUUGCACGAGGCUUGAAUUUGCUCGAGGGAGAAAAUGAAUUCUUGUUCUGCUGUGCAGAUUGCUGUCUCAGGGUCAUGGAAUCCAUCUUCCGUCGAGGCAACGGCUGGGCUUAUGUUCAGAUUGCUGCAUACGGGAAAGGUUUCGUAAAGGCGUCCCAAGACACUUGGGAGCUCUUUGAGAAGAGAGAAAUGGUUGAAAUCGUCGACUCCGACAUAACGAGUGCCAUUUGCUUUCUCAGCGGAGUCUGCAGUGGCGCAAUCUGCACAAUCGUUGUGGCCGCAUGGACGGCUACCGUCCACCGUGGCUACAUCGGUACCCUCUCUGUCCUAGCCGCCUUCAUCGGUUACCUAAUGACUAGGAUUGCAAUGGCACUGCCCCAUGCUUGUGUGAGUUGUUACUACGUCUGCUAUGCUGAGAAUCCUGACAACAGGCUGUUCGAUAGAACGAUACCCGACCGUCUCGAGUUGAUCAAAUCCGGUCGGGACGUCAUCAUCCCAACUCCUAGGGUUCCCCGUCGAUUUCAAAGAUAGCCCACGGCUAAAAUUUAUUCAUCGAUUAAAAUGUACAUAUACUAUUUAGACGAUCAAAUAAGUAUUCCAAAUAUCGAAUCGAUCAAGAUCGUGUCGUAUCAUGUUAGAACUGAACUACGUGAGUAUCGACGUAGUUAUCGGUAUUGGAGAAGGGGACAUGUGUAGGAUUUUAAGUGGUUAAAGAUAUUUCCCACACAAGUGGUGGGAUGAAGGGGGUGGACACAUUGAGAUUCUUAUCAAGACAGGUACAAAGGGAUGAAGGUGUCUUUAGGUCAUAUGUCCUUUGUGGGAUUAUUGUUUUGGAUAUACUUUCUAGGAGUUGCACGAUUCUAAGCUUGUCCCCACCAUUACUUUAGUGUCCUUGUCUUAGUUUGGUUAGACCAUUUAUUAAAUAAGUACGUGGUGAUUGCCUAUUGGCUAUUUUUAAUUAAUUAAUUGAAUUAUUACAUGUAAUAAUCAUCCAGAAUGAACUGGAGUGCUAAUUGAAAUAUUUUGUGGAAUAUUCUCAAACUUGCAUUAUGACAUAUGAGAAAUUCCCUUUGUA